AUGGCGCUGUCCCCGGGGCCCGGCCCGCUCCGGUUUCUUCUCCGCCUUCAAGGCGGCUGCCACGGCCGCCCCGCGCGCCGGAGCCUUGGGGUCUCCUUCUGGGAUGUCGGCAGAGACACGAGAGACAAGGGAAGCAGCGGAGACUUGGGCCUGGCCCCCAGCAUCGUGCCCACCCUGCACUACCAGAACAGCCUGCCCCGAUUACCCAUUCCCAAACUUGAAGACUCUAUCACAAGAUACCUGAGAGCCCAGAAGCCUCUGUUAACUGAAGAUCAGUUCAGGAGGACAGAAGAAUUUUCCCACAACUUUCAGAAUGGCCUCGGCAAAGAGCUGCACAACAUGCUGAUUUUCCAGGAUCAGCAUAGCCAGCACACGAGCUACAUUUCAGAUAUAUGGUUGAAUUCUUAUCUAGGCCGUCGCAACCCGCCUGUAUUUAACAUGAAUGUAGGCUUGGCUUUCCAACCAGACCCCAAAGAUGAGUAUAACGACCAACUCACGCGUGCCACCAACAUGACUGUCUCAAUCAUCCGGUUCCUGAGGGCCUUCAGAACUGGUACGCUGGAGCCUGAAGUCCUCCAUCUCUACCCAGAAAGAACCAACACUGAGUUCUUCAAGAAGUUCAUCCGCUGGAUCCCCAAGUCAUUCGUGUGCCAAACGGCUGCCAUGUUUAAUGUCUACCCCAUGGACAUGUCACAGAACUUCAGGCUUUUCAGUACAAGCCGUCUGCCCAAGUUUGCGAGGGACACACUUCUCACAGAUGAGCGGGCCAAGCACCUCCUGGUGCUAAGGAAUGGGAACUUUUAUAUCUUUAACAUCCUACGGAGCAACGGGACCAUGAUCCAGACCUCAGAAAUCCAUGCCAACCUGAAGUACAUACUCUCUGACCAGAGCCCCAUACCCGACUUCCCCUUGGCAUAUCUGACAACUGAAAAGCGAGACACAUGGGCAAAGCUGAGGCAAGAGCUCUUGGUCAAUGGCAACCAGGAAGCCUUAAAGAAGGUGGACACGGCCAUCUUCAGCCUGUGCCUGGAUGAUCUGCUCGUUCAGGACGCUGACCACUUCACUCAGAUCAUGCUGUAUGGCAACGGGCACAACCGCUGGUUUGAUAAAUCCUUCAACCUCAUCCUCACCAAAGACGGCUCAGCGGCCAUCAACUUUGAGCACUCCUGGGGUGACGUGCUGACCAUCCUGCGCUUCAUGAAGGAGGUGUUCCAAGACAGCACACAGGCCCACACAGUCAGGCCCCAGGAGGUGCCCCUGGCUGCCGAUGGCUGCAGGGCCGUGAAGAAACUCAACUUCCAGCUGAAUGACUCCUUAAGAGAGGGCAUCAGCAGCGCCCGAGCCAGCUAUAACUCGGCCGUGCAGACCUUCUCCGCCAAGCUGAUGCACUUCAAGAAGGGAGGCAAGCACUUCCUGAAGCGCGAGGGCAUGAGCCCUGACGCCAUGAUCCAGCUCGCCUUGCAGAUGGCUUUCCUGGGGCUUCAUCAUCAGGUUGUGUCUUCCUAUGAGCCGUGCAGCACAGGCGCUUUCAAGCAUGGCCGCACCGAGGUUAUCCGCCCCACCUCCAUUCACUCCAAGAGAUGCGCCCUGGCCUUCCAAGAGCCCUCCAAGCACAGCGUGGCCAAGCUCAAGCACAUGUUGUCCACGUGCUCUGCCUACCAUGUCCGGCUGAUCCGGGAAGCCGCCCAUGGUCAGGGGUUUGACAGACACUUGCUUGCUCUUCGGAUCUUGGCCGACACCAAAAAGGGCUGUUUGCCUGAUAUCUUCUCUGACUCUGCCUAUAGUCAGAUGAAUCACAGCUUCAUCUUCUCAAGGCAUCUGUUCAACCCAACGCUGAAUUUCGGGGCUUCUAUGCCCAUUGUGCCCGAUGGCUUGGGGAUCGCCUACUCUGUGCAAGAUGACAGCAUCACCUUCAAUAUCACCUCCUGCUCUAAUUGUGAUAUCCAGGACUUCAUCCAGAUCCUCAAAACUAGCCUGGAAAAGAUCGUGGAUGUUUUAAAAGGUGAGCCCAUUGCACGUUAGUGCUCCCUAGUCUCCCACAGAAUGAGCCAUGGAAGCUGAAGGAUGCAAGGGGAAUCGGAGCCUUUCCCUGGGCCCACAGUGACCAAAACCUCAUUUGGGAGUUAGCGAAAUCUUGUCUCCAACAGGUGAUCAGCAAGCCACCAUCCAUAUGUUCCAAGGCUUUGCAACCUUUCCAGAAUAGAUACUUGACUGUGUAUGUCGUAGUCUAAGAAAGGGAUCCUAUACCUGGGCUGUCCUUCCCAACCACAUCUUCUCUUUUUGUCUGUCUGUCUGUCUCAGACAUUUACUAUCUGUUUCUAUCUACCAGUCUAUCAUCUUUCUAUCAAUAAUCUGUUAAACUAUUAAUAUAACAAUCUAUAAUUUAUCAUCUGUCAGUUAUCUGUCUAUGUCUAUCAACUACUAAUUUAUCACCUACGCAACUAUUAUCUAUUUCUCUCUCUCUUUAUGUCUACCCACCUGUCAUCUGGGUAUGUAUCUGUCCAUUAGUACCUCUCUCUGCACAUCUAUAUCAUCUCUAUCAAGAUUUCUCCAUUUUUUUACCUGCUUAUAUCUGUCUAACCUUCCUUCCAUCCAUCCCUUUAUCUAUUAC